AUGGACAACCAGAAACCCAACGCCGGGAUCGAUCUCGAGGAGAUCGGCGAGCGGGAAGGCUAUGUGCUGAACGACACCUCGCUGAUCCAGGACAAGGGCCUGCAAACGACAUCCGACGGAACGACCAUCCUCAUCCCGCAGCCCAGCAGCUCGCCCAAUGACCCGCUGAACUGGAGCGCGUUUCGCAAGCAUCUGAUUCUGAUUAUUAUUUCGUACACGGCGUUCUUGCCCGACUAUGGGAGUACGACGGGAUCGGUGACCUUGAACCCGCAAGGAGAGGAGUGGAAAAUGGACCCGAACGUGGUCAAUCACUCGCAAGUCGGGAAUGUUUUCAUGGUCGGUGCCGCAGGCCCAAUCGUCGUCGCGCUGUCGGCGUACUUUGGUCGAUACCCGGUUCUUUUCUGGUGGAUGCUGCUCUCGCUGGCCACGGCCAUUUGGUGCACUGCAGCGCUAGGCUUCGAGUCGUUUAUGGCUGCUCGCAUCCUCAACGGCUGUUUCUCAACCGUCGCCCAAGGCGGUGGUCUGAUGUUCAUCAAAGACAUGUUCUUCUUCCACGAACACACGCGCAAAAUCAACAUCUGGUCCGGCUUCGUGAUUCUCUCGCCGUACAUGGGCCCGUUGUUCGCGUCGUUCAUCACCAACACCCAGAUCUGGCAGUGGGCGUUCGGUGUCUACACCAUCCAGACGGGUCUGGCUGUGAUUGCGAUUAUGCUCUUCGUCGAGGAAACCUACUACGACCGCAAGACCGUGCAGCCCGAACUCGUGCCCAACGGCCCGCGCUGGCAGCGCAUGCUGGGCAUUCAGCAGUGGCGGACUGGGUACAUCAAGAACACAUUCACCGAAGCGAUGAUGCGGCCCCUAGUCAUCAUCUGCAAGCCUGUGGUGCUGAUCUCGGUCGUGUACUAUCUGCUGGUGUUUGCAUGGGCAGUUGGCAUCAACACGACGCUGUCGAUCACGCUACCGCCCGUCUAUGGAUUUGGACCCAAGCAAAUCGGCUUCUUCUACUUCACCCCCAUCGUCGCCGUCAUCCUCGGCGAGAUCGCCGGCCACUGGCUGCACGACCUCCUCGCCAAGUACUUCGCGCGCCGCAAUGGCGGCCGCAUCGAGCCUGAAGCCCGUCUCCUGGCCAUCUGGUUCUCGAUGCCGCUCAUGGUCCCGGGCCUGAUCCUCAUGGGCUUCGCGCUGGAGCGCCACUACCACUACAUGCUGGCGGCGUUCGGCUGGGGGCUGUUCGCGUUCGGAGUCAUGGUCCUAACCGUCGCCAUCAACGCGUACGUGCUCGACGCGUACCCCGAGGCCAGUGGCGAGGUCGCGGCGUGGAUCAACUUUGGACGCACGACUGGCGGCUUCAUCGUCUCGUAUUUCAUGGUUGAGUGGGCGCAGCGCCAGGGCACGAUUCGCCAGAUGGGGACCAUGUGUGGGGUUGUUGUUGGUGCUUUUUUGCUGAUUGUGGUUCUCCAGAUCUGGGGGAAGAGGAUGCGCGUUUGGGCUGGGCCGGCGCGGUUUAAGACUGGCUAG